AUGGUUAAUCGAAGAAAGGUCAUGGUUCGAUGCAAGAUUGAAAACAUCAUAGGUACUUCACGACCACCCUUUCCGCCGGUUCUUACUGCACAGGAACUUCUCCCUAAGGGAGAAAAAUCCAAAAAUAAAGAAAAUGUUAGGAUUCCCAAUGCGUUCAUCGCGUACAGGAUGGCGCUAGUAAGGGAAUUAAAAUCAAAACUUGUUCCCUGUAAUCGAUCAAACAUUUCUUCUCACGCAAGUCGUCUGUGGAAACAAGAGCCCAAAGAAGUCAAAGACGUUUACAGGAAAAUGGCAAAUGACGCACAGUUGUUAUUUAAUCAGAUUAGAGGACUUACAUUCCUCUACGAACAAUCCAUUCCGAAUGGUAAAUUUAAAAGAGAAAUUGAAAGUCAGUCAUCCCCGACACAGGAUUUCGAAGGGAAAGUCCUUACAACAAAAUGUCCACAAUAUGAAGCACCAAUGCAACAAGAAAAUGUCAUGUUGAACCCUCCUUCCGUUUUGAAUCAUGAACAACCGAUGUACUACGAUAAUUCCGUUAUGUCCUCUCCGGAAUCUUCAGCUUCCUCGAAUAUUCAAACAUUUGAUCAAAGUCUAAGCGGUCAAAAUCCCUUUUUCUAUGUAAAUACUAGAAAUAUUGUACUUGAACAACGAGUUCAAGAGUUGGAGAAUCAGUUAGAAUUUUUUUAUCAAUUGUACUUUGGAGGAUACCACAAUUAUUCGGCAUAA